UCGAGCUGGAGCGUCGGUGUUUACAAACAAGUUCUAAUUUCGUAUUUUUAAAGAAUAUAUAUUAUUAAGCAAUAUGCCGGGUGUUCCUGAAGAAUGGGAGAAAUUGUCAAGAAAUCAGCUGCAAGAGGAGUGCACGCGCAGGGGGCUCAAGAAGAGUGGGAAUAAAACUGUACUGUUAGAAAUGCUCUGCCGUCACGAAGCAAGUUUAAAUAUUGACCCUGGUGAACUAGACCCUGCUGCUGUGAGAGUACCCGAGGUUGGAGAGAAGGGGGAACUCCUCAGGAUACAGUAUGGUGCGCUUACCACCGUCGUGAUAAAGUCCAUGCUGGUAGCAAGAGGAGCCAAGACCACGGGCAAGAAAGCUGAAUUGGUGGGCAGGCUGGUUGAUUAUGAAUUAAACGAUGACUUCAGGGUUGGGGGAGAAGAAGUAGUUUUAGCUGACCCACUUUUGGUGCCAGAUUUGAAGCUAUUCAAAGACAUCCAUGCUGACUCUCCUCUACCGGAGUUCAGUAAGGAAGAUAUCACCCUGUAUUUAGCACAGUACAAUAAGACAAUAAGUAAAGCAGCUGCCAUGUAUAGUGAAGGUUACCUGCAGUUUGUUCGAUUCUGCAAUCAAUCUGAUGUCACCUUCAUCCAUGGCAAAACCUGGGCGGAAAUGAGUAAGGCCUCUCAAUAUGUAUCAUAUAUAAAAAUUUCCCGUGAUGGGGAAGUAUUAGGCUGCACCUGUGAGUGUACUCAUGGCAGCGCCUCUGGAGAAGCUCACUGUAAGCAUGUGUCAGUUGUUAUGCUUGGUGUUCAGGACUGGAAAAAGAAUGGAGUUGUCAUCACUGAGCAGACCUGCACACAACAGCUUCAGACCUUCCACCAUCCCAGAAAACAGUUCAGAGGUACCCCUGUGAGAGCCAAAGACAUGGGUUCAAAAAGAUUGAAAACCAACCACCCUUCUGUUGUUGCUACUCUACCUGCUGUUUGUGAGGAGUCUACUGAAGAGAUAAAUGAUGAAACCGGAGAGGAAAGUAAUGAGAAAAAGACUGAGGAGGGUACAGUUGUUACUCCUGAAACUCGUCCAAUGACCAUUUCAGAAUAUCGAACAUACUUUAGGAAUUUAAUUAUUAAUGGUGGCUACAAUAUGACCAUGCCCCUUAAGCACCUCUAUAUGCCUGCCAAUCCCUAUGCUGUAUGUGCUGAUCAUGACUAUGCUAAAUAUACUGCAGAAGAUAUAGUCCUUAUGCACCUCAAACUAACUAGUGUGACAACUGAGGAGGUGAAGGAUAUUGCCAAAAAGACUGUACAGCAAAGUUUCUCCGCCGAAUGGUAUAAGGUAAGGCUUCCCCGCCUGACAGCGAGUAAGUUUUAUGAAGUUCUCCAUUGCCAAGAUCCGGUGAAGAAAGCUGAAGCCAUCAUACAGUUAGUGAGAUUUUACUCUAGGGCUACAAACCAUGGUAUUAAACAUGAGAAGAAGGUUAUAGAUAUGUACAAGCUGGAGAACCCCACUGCUAAGGUGACUAGAACGGGAUUUAAUAUUAUGGAAUCUCACCCCUAUAUUGGUGCUACUCCUGAUUUUUUGAUUGAUGAUGAUGGCAUUGGAGAGGUCAAGUGUCCGUACACAACAAGGAACCACCCUGUUGGUCCACAAUACCAACCAUAUCUUAGGUAUGCAAAGGAUAAAAUUACUGUGAAAUUGAAGAAAAACCAUGCUUAUUAUUACCAAGUUCAAGGACAGUUAAUGGUGACUGGGCGAAUGUACUGUGAUUUCAUUGUUUACACUUAUAAGGAUAUUAAAACUAUAAGGAUUUUAAGGAAGGAAAAUUUCAUGGCUUUGAUGUUGUUAGACUUGACAGUCUAUUUUCAGAAAUACUACAAAAAGGCUGUCUUGAACAAAUACUUUCAUCAUGAUUAUGAAAAGCACUGGCCCCUGAUUAAGUUCAUGCAUGAAUUUUAAUAUUAACUUGACUGAUGUACAUUGUUUUUAAUACUUUGUUAAAGAUGCACGAUUAUGCUUUGAGAUGCCAAGAACGGCUGUAAUGAAUUUUAUUAGUACAAAAUCGUACCUGAUCACUGUCUGUUGACUG